AUGUACCAGUGGCGCAAGUUCGAGUUUUUUGAGGAGAAGUCGGCCAGCCGCGGCGGCGGCGGCGGGGGGUCAGCCGCCGCCGUGCCGGCCGAGAUCGCGGGCCGCAUCACCUGCUGCUCGGGCGGUCGGGGGCGUGUUGCGGUGGGGUGCGACGACGGCACCGUGGGCCUUCUCGACCGCGGGUUCCGCCUCUCCUAUAGUUUCCAGGCCUACGCCUCGUCCGUCCUCUUCCUCCAGCAGCUCAAGCAAAGAAAUGUUCUUGUCACGGUUGGAGACGAUGACCAGUCAUCUUCUCAAUCAUCAGCAAUCUGUCUAAAGGUUUUCGACCUCGAUAAAGUGCAAGAAGAAGGAUCAAGUACAACAACUCCUUUCUGUGUUCAAAUUUUGCGGGUCUUCACUGAUCAAUUUCCUCAAGCAAAGAUUACAUCAUUUAUGGUUCUAGAAGAAGCACCACCCAUACUGUUGAUUGCCAUUGGACUGGACAAUGGUUUCAUUUAUUGCAUCAAAGGUGACAUUGCACGUGAGCGUAUUACACGUUUCAAGUUGCAAGUUGAGGCUGCUUCAGAUGGCAGCACUAGUUUUCCUAUUACUGGUCUUGGUUUCCGAGUUGAGGGGCAAGCACACCAGCUCUUUUCUGUAACUCCUGGCUCUGUAACCUUGUUCAGCUUGCAUGUUCAACCACCAAGGAGACAAACACUUGAUCAGAUUGGUUGUCAGACCAAUGCUGUAGCAAUGAGUGACCGUAUGGACUUAAUUAUUGGUAGACCCGAAGCUGUGUAUUUCUAUGAAGUCGAUGGUAGAGGCCCUUGCUGGGCAUUUGAUGGUGAGAAAAAGUUUGUAGGUUGGUUUCGAGGCUAUUUACUCUGCAUUAUUGAAGAUCAGAGGACACAGAAGAGCACUCUUAAUAUUUAUGAUCUUAAGAAUCGGUUGAUUGCACAUAGCAUGCCUGUGGGGGAUGUUUCACACUUGGUAUGUGAGUGGGGUUAUAUUAUUCUCAUAAUGGCGGACAAAAAGAUUCUGUGUAUUGGAGAGAAAGACAUGGAAAGUAAGCUUGAUAUGUUGUUCAAGAAAAAUCUUUAUACCGUUGCAAUUAAUCUUGUACAAAGUCAGCAGGCUGAUCCUGCUUCCACUGCUGAGGUGCUGCGGAAGUAUGGUGACCAUCUGUAUGGAAAACAGGAAUAUGAUGAGGCCAUGUCCCAGUAUAUCCACACUAUUGGUCAUCUCGAACCAUCGUAUGUUAUACAGAAGUUCCAUGAUGCAAAGCGCAUCUACAACCUUACAAAUUAUUUAGAGAAGUUACAUGAUCGAGGGUUAGCAUCCAAAGACCACACCACCCUUCUGUUGAACUGCUAUACCAAAUUGAAAGAUGUGGAGAAACUUAACCAUUUCAUCAAAGAUGAAGAUGGGGUAGGUGAAAUCAAGUUCGAUGUGGAAACUGCCAUAAGAGUAUGCCGCGCAGCUGGAUAUCAUGAACAUGCUAUGUUUGUGGCAAAAAAGGCUGGGAGGCAUGAGUUGUACUUGAAGAUUUUACUUGAGGAUCUUGGUAGAUAUGACGAGGCACUGCAAUAUAUAUCUGGCCUCGAGGCAAAUCAAGCAGGUCUUACUGUAAAAGAAUACGGGAAAAUUCUUGUGGAACAUAGACCUGCUGAAACAGUUGAAAUACUGUUAAGGCUCUGUACAGAUGUUGGAGAUCCUACCACAAGAAGAGGUUCAAACAGUAUGCACUUGCUUAUGAUACCAUCCCCAAUGGACUUUGUGAAUAUAUUUGUGCACAGCCCACAAUAUCUGAUGGAAUUUCUGGAAAAUUAUAUCAAAGCAGUGACGGACUCACCUGCGCAAACAGAAAUUCAUAACACCCUUCUGGAGCUCUAUAUUUCAAAUGAUUUGAGCUUCCCAUCUCUUUCUCAAGAAACUGAAUCUGAGAAUCAGUAUACCAAAGAAACAAAAGGUAAAGAAACUGCUAAUGGCUAUAGGUCAGGAAUAAAGGAAAAAGGUAGUCUUGGAAAAGAAGAUCCUAAAAUCGCAAAGAAUAUUGUUGAUAGGAGAAGGAAAGGGCUUGCGUUACUCAAGUCUGCUUGGACAUCUGAGAUGGAAGAUCCUUUGUAUGAUGUUGAUCUUGCUCUCAUUCUUUGUAAUACUAAUGCAUUCAAAGAUGGGUUGCUCUUUCUAUAUGAGAAACUAAAACUUUACAAAGAGGUUAUUAGUUGUUACAAGCAAGCACAUGAUCAUCAAGGUUUAAUUGCAUGUUGCAAGAAGUUGGGGGACUCAUCUCAAGGAGGGGAUCCUUCUCUGUGGGGUGACCUAUUGAAGUAUUUUGGGGAGCUCGGGGAAGAUUGCUCUAAAGAAGUUAAAGAGGUCUUGACCUACAUUGAGAAGGAGGAUGUUGUGCCUCCCAUCGUUGUGCUACAGACACUAUCAAAAAACCCAUGCUUGACACUCUCAGUUGUCAAAGACUACAUUGCUCGCAAACUUGAGCAAGAAUCAAAGCUAAUUGAAGAUGAUAGAAAAUUCAUUGAUAAGUAUCAGGGGGAGACAGAGCUGAUGAAAAGGGAGAUAGAAGAUCUCAAGACAAACGCGAAGGUUUUCCGACUGAGCAAGUGUAGUGCGUGCACUUUCACCCUUGGUCUGCCUGCUGUCCAUUUCAUGUGCAUGCACUCGUUCCACCUGCGCUGCCUUGGUGACAAUGAAAAAGAAUGCCCAGAAUGUGCACCUGAAUAUAGAUCUGUUAUGGAGGCAAAGCAGAAGCUAGAACAAAAUGCUAGGGACCAUGACCUAUUUUUCAGGCAAUUGAGGGGUUCGAAGGACGGCUUUUCUGUCAUUGCAGACUAUUUUAGCAAGGGCAUAGACGCAAAAGAGAAGCAGAACGGCGAGCUCGGCCCCGGCGCGGGCGCGCUCGGCCCCGGUGAGCUCGGCCCCGGCGCGGGCGAGCUCCACCCCAGCGCGCUCGGCCCCGGCGCACUUCGCCCUAGCGAGCUUGGCCCCGGCGCGGGCGCGCUCCGCCCUGACGCGCUCGGCCCCGGCGCACUCCGCCCCGGCGAGCUCGGACCCGGCGCGCCCCGGCGAGCUCGGACCCGGCGCGCCCCGUUGCACAGCUUGAUUGCCCCUGCUACGGAAUGCAGAGAGCGCAUGUCAAGUACGAUGGUUACUGGAUCACACGAUUGGGGUGUUCCCUUGGUCCGUAAUGCUGCGCUACAGAAGAAUUCGUUUCUUGCAUUGUACUCCAUAUGA